AAGAGGUUAGGGUUAAGAGCGAGAGUGAUAUUGAGCGUAAGUUAGAGUUGUUUGAAGAUCCUGACUACAUCCCUCCCCCAUUGAGGAGAUGUCUUCUAAGGAAACACUGAGCAUUGAGGGGAAUGAGGAACUAAGGAUGUUGGAGUACAAUGAUAUAAGCAUUGAGAGUGAAUCAUCUGGGUCUGAGCGGACAGAGGGAGGGGUAGGGAGAAAUGAGGUUGUUGAGGUUGGGGCAGAAGAGGGCCUUCCUCCAUUAAGGGAUGGAAGGAAAAAUUUUUUCUUUGUUGAUGACACCGAAUGGGAUAGGGGAGACGCGGAGGUAGAGUUCUUGUCUACUUGGAAGGCUAAAAAGGCCAACCAAAAUAAAUAUAGUUUAAAUAGUGAUGAGGAGGAAGAAGUAGAGAAGCUAGUGAGAAGGGAGGGUGACAUAAUAGAUAUUAUGUUUCUCACCAGCUCAGAUGUUAUAGAAGCGGCUGAGUUUUAUGGGUCGAGCGCACUAAGCGAAGCUGAAAUGGACAUGUUUCUCAAUGCUGCUGGAGAUGGGCACCUAGAGAAUGGGCAGAUGUCAAGCACAGAACCCCAAGUUGCAGAGGAAGUGGAGCUGAGGUCCAAGAGGAAGAGGGAUGAGGUGGAUCAAGCUCAGAAAAAGAAAAGGAGGAUGGAGGAGGAGGUCAGGGGGGACAAGGUAGUGGAGUUUGUACCUCAUCUUGCACCUGUUGAGCUUGAUCCGGACCUCAGAGAGACCGAGAACUUCAUCAACGCUUUUGUUCCUGAGGUGGAUCACUAUGAAGCGAGGGAAGAAGUCUUGCUGCAUAGAGGGACCUUAGUUGUGAGGCAUGCUCUGGAGACUGCAACUUGGGUUAAUGCGUUAGCGCAAGAAUUCCUAGAGCUGGUGAAGGAGCAUAACAACCUACAAAAGGAAAGGGAUGAGCUGUUGAAGAAGAAUGGUGAAAUGAAAAGGGAACUGGAUAUAGUGGUACCAGCAGUGACGAGCUUACAAAAGGAGAGAGAUACACUGAAGACGAUUCUCUCAUUCGAGGAGAAGAAAAGGAGAAUGUGCGAAGAGGAAAAUGAAGCACAAGAGGAGGAAAUAAGGAGGAUAAGAGAAUCCGAGGUGGAACUCAAGAAGAAAGUCCAACUGCUGGUCCACAAUGGGAUGGAGGAGCAUAUCGGAAACUUUAUUAACUCCGGCACAUUUGACAACGUCGAAGGGGUGGAGGAGAACGGUGAAAGCCUGUCAGCAGAUUUCCAACCUCAAAUUAAGCUGAGGUGGGAUCAUGAUGAAGAAGGAGGCUCUGUUUUUCCUCCCAACUUUGACUUCGAGUUUGUAGCAGUGGUGGAAGAGGAAGGAGAAGCAGAAGGGGCUGAAGUUGAGAAGAGUCAGCCACCUCCUCCCGUAGAGGUGCAUCUAGUUCCCUCAAAAGAACAGCAGCCACUUCUCCCAGCAGAGCAGUAGCCACACCAGCCACCUCCUCCAGUGGAUUAGUUUAGGGAUUUUUUUAUUUUUAUUGUUUGAUUUAUGUAUUCAAAAUUUGGACAAUGAUUAAUGUACAAGCUUUUUUGAUUAAUUUCAAGGAAAAUUUUUGAGUUAAUUUGAUUAUUUAUUUUGUGCUUGUAAAGAUUGAGAUAAGUAAAUCACUUCGAAUAUGAACUAGGAAUAAGUGAAAUUCAAAUGU